UCCAUGUAUCUUUACAGGAUGGAUAAGCUGAGGUAGCCUGCUUAAAUCAAGAGACAGUCAGCUCCCAGCUGCACUACAGCUCUGGAUUGGUCUGGUCGGUCAUCCAUGGCUCUGAACUUUGCCUCUUCUUCAUUGUCAAGCCUUCCAACCAGGACAAGGGAUAAACCUCAAAAAUCCUUGCUGGGGAAAAUUGAAAAAUGCCAGGCAGUGAAAGUCAGAGUAAAUGCAACAAAAGGGGUUUCAAGUGUAUGUGAACCGCUCCCUCCGGAUAGGCCAUUGUGGUUCCCUGGUAGCUCACCACCUGAAUGGCUUGACGGAAGCCUUCCUGGAGAUUUCGGCUUCGACCCGCUUGGAUUAGGGUCUGAUCCAGAGUUGCUUAAAUGGUUCGCACAAGCUGAGCUAAUACAUGGCAGGUGGGCAAUGCUAGCCGCAGCAGGAAUUCUCAUCCCAGAAUGGCUAGAAAGACUAGGCUUUAUUGAUAAUUUCAAUUGGUUUGAUGCUGGCACUCGAGAAUACUUUGCAGAUCCUACAACCUUGUUUGUAGUGCAGUUAAUCCUGAUGGGCUGGGUUGAGGGAAGAAGAUGGGCUGAUAUGAUUAAGCCAGGGUGUGUUGACAUAGAUCCUAAAUUACCACACAAAACGAAACCGAAGCCAGAUAUUGGCUACCCCGGUGGCUUAUGGUUUGAUCCCUGGAAUUGGGGUAGAGGGUCACCGGAACCUGUAAUGGCAAUAAGGACUAAAGAGAUAAAGAACGGGCGUCUUGCUAUGCUAGCAUUUGUUGGUUUUUGGUUCCAGGCCAUUUACACUGGAGAAGGCCCUAUUGAUAAUUUGAUGGCUCACAUUGCAGAUCCUGGUCACUGCAACAUAUUUUCUGCUUUCACAUCUCACUAAAUGCAAGGGCAAGCUAGUUGAGCAAAGAAACUUUCCGAUGCAGUUGAACAGAAAGCCAGGAUUGGUAAUGAGAGUUGUGUAUGCAAAGAGUUUAGUUAUUUCUUGAGCUUGUAUCGUGUUUCGAUCUUUCAUUUUGCAAGUAUUCAAGCUGAUUUAAUGACAUGACAAGUAAUGUGCUUGGGCAA